AAUCUGCAGCUUUGGUUAUAAUUCUAUGUUUUUAGUUGGAUUUAGAUCUUUGGGGGUUGAUAAAGUGUUGCUUUAAUGGUUCCAGUGCAGGUCAGAAGAGGAGCUAGCUGAGCUUCAAGGUACUCAACUGUUGAGCACAACAAUGGGGGUGAAAGAAUGUCCGGAACGAAUUCUUAAAAGUAGAAGAAGAAAUAAUACUCCCCAACAAGCAGCUAUUUCCCUCCCUAUAACAUUGGAUGACUUCUUCCGGGCAUUUGGUAUUCUCAGAUCAAGGGCAUUUUCCCGUCUUCGUGGUCAAAAUCUUGUUUGAUACCUCUUGCAGACUUGAUCAACCACAGCCCUAGCAUAACUACAGAAGAUUAUGCAUGGGAGAUUAAAGGAGCUGGACAUUUCUCUAUGGAUCUCCUGUUUUCUUUGCGUUCUCCUGUUUCUGUCAAGGCUGGACAGCAGGUUUUGAUUCAGUAUGAUCUAAACAAGAGUAAUGCUGAGUUAGCACUUGAUUAUGGAUUCAUAGAAUCAAGAUCUGAUCGCAAUGCUUACACCUUCAUGUUGGAGAUAUCAGAGUCCAAACCAUUUUUCCGAGACAAGCUCGACAUUGCCGAGACAAAUGGUUUGGGAGAGACUGCCUAUUUUGACAUUGUUUUGGGUCGUCCUCUUCCACCGGCACUGAUUCCAUAUCUACGACUGGUGGCACUUGGGGGAACUAAUGCUUUCCUCUUGGAAUCUAUUGUAUAA